AUGGGCAUGUGCAUGUGCGACAUUUUGAGGGUAUUCAAUGCCGAACGUCAACACGCAGUGAACGUACGUAUAGGAAUUCACACUGGGAUCGCUCACGCUGCCAUUCUUGGAUUUGAGCGAUUCCGCUAUGAUGUCUACUCCUACGAUGUACGUAUUGCGAACGAACUUGAGUCCACCGGGAAACCCGGUUUCGUCCAUAUCAGCCAGGCGACGUACGACGAGGUAAAAGAAGUGUACAUCGUCACCCCCGGUCCAGACUUGGUGGUCGAUAAGCGCGAACAGUCGUUUUUGAUUGACGGAUCCGUUGCGUCUGUGAGUAUUCCGACUUAUUUCAUUGAACCACAAGCCAGAUUGCUACGCGUCAGGAGUAUUUACGAUGGAUAUGCGCACCCGCGUAAUAGAUCAAUCUAUGACUCCACACAGGAGCAGUCAGAGCCAAGCGCGUUAGAGUGGAGCUCUUCCGAUUCUACCGACAUCACAGAGAACUCAGAUUCUUCAUUUGAUAGCACCGAGAGUAGCGGUGAAUGGUUUGAAUUCGAAUUAUCCCCUGAGGCACUUGCUAACCUUAAGUUAAGCCAUCAGACUAAUGCGCUUCAUCUGAGGAGAGAUAUGGAACUCAUUCAAGACUUGCGAACUGACCCGGCAAAGCAGCAACUUUUGUUUCAGUCACCUCCGGUCGACCCUGUGCUUCUGCAAUUCGUGAAUUCUGAAAUCGAGUGGCAUUAUCAGCAAUAUUUGCGCUCUAACAUCGGACCAACCUACGUGGAUUCGGAGAAACUGGCUCGUACAGUUGACGCGAUUGUUUUAUUUAUAUUCACUUUGCUGUUGUCUAGCGUCGGAUUUUUUGACCGAUUUGAUGCUCGGCAUAUCGCUGCACAAAUCGAAAGUGAGGCAUCCGAGAAGGCCAUCGCCGAGGCCAAUGAAAUGUUGUUUAACAUUGUUCCAGCCUACGUGUUCGAAGAGCUAAAGGAGACUGGAAAGGGAGAUUUGACCAAAAACCAAGGCACACUUCAUUAUGCUGUUGCCCAUCCCUUGGUCGGCGUUGCCUUCAUCUCGGUCUCGAACUUUUUCUCCACACUGUACCGGGAGGAUUUAGGUGGCGCGGAGCGGUCCCUCCGGUUAUUACACACUAUUAUGUGUGCAUUCGACAAGUUGCUACAUCAUCCAAGUGCGAAGGAUGUUGAGAAGAUUAAAUCCAUGAACGAGAAUUACAUGGUUUCUGCAGGUUUGAAUCGUAAAGAGGUGGCGAAAAAUGCGGACAAAAUGAGUCACUUGUGUGCUCUAAUGAGGUAUUGUUUCUUACUGCGUAAAGUGCUUCAAGAAAUUCGCAUUUACGACCGCACGGGAGUGGCUUUUCUGAAAGCAAAGUUGGUUACAAUUGUGGCCCGGUUACUGCCGGCAUUAUCGGAACCAAGAAGUUACAUUACGACAUAUGGGGUGACACGGUGA